CACCCUCCUCUCCACUAGGGGGCGCUGCCUGCUGAGGAUAGUGUUCGAGGCAGAGCUGCUACAUGUGACAUUGACAUCAACAGAGGCACAAUGAGGCUGACCGCUCUCCUGUCGAUGGCAGCCAAGGUGGUUGUGCCCAAAGAUUACCGAUUCGGCACCAACAGACCCUGGACGCCGGCUGCUAAGAGGCUAAAUCCUUUAGGGAAGAAGAGGAGGAAGGUGUUCGUGGAGCCGAUCGCAGCAGAGGACUGGUCGGUGCUGAAAGGGGACAUGGUGGAGAUUCUCGCAGGGAAGGACAAAGGGAAGCAGGGGAGAGUGAAUCAAGUCUUCAGACACAGAAACUGGGUUAUUCUGCAGGGCCUGAACACACAUUUCAGGUACGUCGGGAAAACUGAGGAAUCCCGUGGGUCCUACGUUGCCAGUGAGGCUCCCCUCCUGCUCGCAGAUAUUGCGCUUGUUGACCCCUCAGACAGGAAGCCCACAGAGGUGGAGUGGAAGUUCACAGAGGAGGGUGAUAGAGUGCGAGUGUCUCUCAGGACGGGGCGAAUCAUCCCCAAACCGGUCGUAGAGCGACGAGAUGGCAUCGUGCCAGAGCAGUGGAAAGACGGUCCAAAAGACACCAGUCCAGAUGACACUCUAGAAAAAACCUACGUACCGUCUCUCAAAACCCUGGAGGAGGAAGUCAUGGAGAAAAUGGGCAUUGUGGAGACCAGAAGGCACAAAGGGUCCUACUGGUACUGACCAGACACAUCAGAGACACUCAGGCCCAAUCGUGCUAUCCAGUUUUCACAGGGACUCUGAACACCAUGUUUUUGUGGAAGUCAUGCAGAAUGAAAGAGAGGAUGAGGAAAAACGGACGUUCUUCUCAAAUGUUCUAUGAUUUCAGUUGCAGUCCUUCUCUAUCCACAGCAGUGUCAGAGUUUGAAUUAUGUUUCUUUUCUUUGUAACCGUGAAUAAAUGUCAAAUGUAAACUAAUACAAUUAA